AUGCCUGCUCCGACCGCCAUCAAGCAGGCGGAGGCCGCUGCCCCGCCAUUCGAGGCUACCCUCCAAGAGCCUCAGCAAGACGAGGAACUCCUCCUCGAUGCGCCGACUCUUCCCGAGGAGAUGGAUGCGAUCCUUCCUAGCGUGCCGCAAAAUGGAGAGGAGGGCGAGAUGGUUGUCGACGAGGAGAACCGCCCGCGCUUCGCGCCCGCCAGAGACAUCGACCCCGUCACCAGAAUAGAGACUCGCAAGGUCCCCGUGCCUCCUCAUAGAUUCACACCCCUCAAGUCCGCUUGGCCCAAGAUCUACCCGCCGCUCGUCGAGCACCUCAAGCUUCAGGUUCGCAUGAACCCGCGCCGGAAACAAGUCGAGCUCCGCACCUCGAAGCACACCACCGAGGAUGGCGCCCUGCAGAAGGGCGAGGACUUUGUCAAGGCCUUCACCCUGGGCUUCGACGUCGACGACGCCAUUGCCCUGCUGCGUCUGGACGACCUCUACAUCGAGACUUUCGAGAUCCGUGACGUCAAGCAGGUCAUGGGUAACGAGGCCCAAGGCCGUGCCAUCGGCCGCAUUGCGGGCAAGGACGGCAAGACCAAGUUCGCCAUCGAGAACGCCAGCAAGACCCGUAUCGUCCUGGCCGACAGCAAGAUCCACAUUCUUGGCGCCUACAAGAACAUCCACAUGGCUCGCGAGUCCAUCGUCAGUCUGAUUCUCGGAAAGCCGCCUUCCAAGGUCUACGGCAAUCUGCGGACGGUCGCUGCGCGCAUGAAGGAGAGAUUCUAA